AUGUCAAGUCGCGCUGGCGGCCUAGCCGAUAAUUCAGUCUGUCAAGACCCGCCCGAGCUCGCCCGAGUGAAUAAGCUCCCGGUAGUUACCAAGUGGACCACGAUAGGCUCGCCCGAACUCACCCGAGGCCUCGAGACAGCCAAUCAACUUGAGCAGAUCACAAAUCACCACGACUCACAAUUAAUGGGAUAUAAGGGCGAUCAAGAAGCCAUGCGACAAUAUAGAAUGAUAAUGAAGAGAAGUCAGGCAAUUCAUUUCCAAAGACACUCAUUAGCAACAUGGGUUUUGAGCGUAAACAUGUCUCCAGCCAUUGUUAACUCGGCAACUCUAGGAUACGAUGCCUCAGUCAUGAACGGCCUCCUUAUCCUCCCCUCGUACACCGAAUACUUCCACUUGACCCCUGCAUUGGAAGGUCUCAACAACGCUGCAUCAUGGAUGGGAGGCAUUCUGGGCGCCUUUUUGAUGCAGCCGGUGCCAGAUUACUUUGGACGUCGAAGAGCUAUCCUCGUCGCAUCAGUCAUCACAGUAAUCGGCAUUAUUCUCCAAGCCGCCGCGCAAAACAUUGCCAUGUUCGUCAUCGCUCGAAUCAUCGUUGGCAUCGGCUCUGCAAUCAGCAACGGCGCUGCUCCCACUUUGCUCGGAGAACUUCUGCCAGCUCGCAAGCGCGGCCGAAUUCUCGGUCUGUUCUUUUCUUGUUUCUAUGUGGGAAGCUUGGCCUCAGCCAUUGUCAACUACGGCAGCCAAAACAUCCAGAGCACUUGGUCUUGGCGUCUUCCCUCUCUUCUUCAGUUCGUGCCAAGCUUGUUGGCAGUGAUACUGGUGCCAUUCGUUCCGGAGUCCCCACGCUGGCUGAUUGCGAAAGGCCAUGAUGAUGAGGCUCUUGAGGUUCUCGUGAUCAUGCAAGGUAAGGGCGUCGAGGAUAUUCAGCAAGGACGGGCGAGUUUGCAUGAGAUCAGAAGCAUUAUGAAGAAGGAGGAAGAGGAGUAUCCUCGAAACCCAUGGAGAGAGAUCGUAUCUACGCCCGCCAAUCGGAAACGCCUCGCCAUUCUUUGCACAUUUGGCCCCAUGAUCAACAUGUUUGGCAACUUCAUCAUCUCGUCUUACCUGACCAAGAUCUUGAGUCAGGCUGGUAUUAGGGACACAGUGAAGCAAACACAGAUUCAAGUCAUCCUGAACUGUUGGUCAUUUGCUGUUGCGGUCUUUGGCAGCUUCAUGCUCGACAUUUUAGGCAGAAGGAAGCAAACCUUCGUUGGUGUGGGCGGUAUGAUUGCCAUGCUCUACAUUACGGGAGGCCUCAUUAAGAGUGAGUCAAUGGUUAAUAUCUCUGUAGCAUAUGGUGAAUCAACCAAUCAAUCUGGAAUCUACGGCACGAUUGCAGUCAUCUUCCUAUUCCAAGGGUUCUACGCCUUUUCCAUCACACCAAUGACCAGUCUAUAUCCCACGGAGGUUUCGCAGUACAAGCUUCGAGCUACGGGGAUCGCAAUCUUCCGUAUGCUGGACUCUGGAUUCGGGCAAGGUAGUCUGCUGGCUUCAUUUACUAUGGCAUACGCUAUGGCAGAUUUGGGGUGGAAAUUCUACUUCAUCAACGCUUCCUGGAAUGUAAUCUUUCUUGUAAUAGCAUACUUUACCUUUGUGGAGACCAAAGGACUCAAGCUGGAAGAAAUUGCUGCAAAGUUCGAAGGACCUAGGAUUCUAGAGGCGAGCAUGGAAGAUUCGGCCUCACAAGAGAUUUCAGUCACUGGAAAGGGGGUGCACAAUGUUGAUACGAAAUCGAUGUAG